GGCGAUUGUUGUUCUGCGUGCGUUCGAUAGCGUUUGUGAAUCGGAGGCAAACCGUAUUUUUUAGACUCAGGGAUAAUUGUGUUUCUGUCGGUAUCGUAGUGAUAUGAGUCAAAAUCGUGGCAACGCUAGACGCUUUGUUCGUCCGGGGGGUCGUGGCGGUUGUGGCCGUCGUGGCAAGGACGGUGAAGGUGCUGAUGAUGCCACCGGACCACUGUUGGACAAAAACAAUCCAAUCAUGCAGUGCUUUCGCCAGUACGCGCUAGAGCUUGAUGCGAAGCACGACCGCUACGAGCGCAUUGUGAAAUGCAGCCGCGAUAUCACGAUCGAAAGCAAACGCAUCAUUUUCCUGCUGCAUACCAUCGACCCAAGGAAAAAUAAUGAAGCUAAAGUUUGCGAGGAGGCGAAGAAUCGUCUCGAAGCACUGUUCCGGAAUCAGUUCUUCGGUAUUGCCAAGGAACUGCAGGGUAAAGAUGCAUACCAGUACGCACGGGCUUACACCAACGGUAUGCAGGAGUUUAUCGAAGCGUUCACUUUCUAUCAGUACUCCAGUGGACAGGAUAUUUCCGACUGGCAGGCGAUCCAGCGACGGUUGAGCUACGAGCAACACCCCGAUCCGACACGGACCGAACCAUCCUUGCCCAGUGAUCAGAACGAAUGCGAGUCGGCACAAGAAGGCAAGAACGACGAGCAGGGUACGGCCAUGGUUUGUCUUCAACCGCUGGACUUCGUACUUGGGCUUGGCGACCUGAGUGGGGAAGUUAUGCGGAAGUGUAUCAACGCGCUGGGGUCGGGGCAGGUCGAUUCCUGCUUCAUUCACUGCCGCUUCCUGCAGGAUUUGUACCGGGGCUUCGUGAGCGUGUCGUCGGCGCGAAGCCGGGAAUUUUCGCAUAAAAUGAGCACCAUGCGACAGAGUUUGCUGAAGAGCGAAAAAGUAUGCUACAACGUGACGGUGCGCGGCAGCGAAGCGGCCAAGUGGGGUUCGUCGGAGGAUGGGUUCGCUAGUUUUUUGCAUCAUCAGUCUUCAAAGGACACUGAAGCGGCAGGUGGCGAUGAUGACGAAGGUGUGUUCUUUUAAAUUCCAUCGAAGUCUUGUUGCGGCGUUUGGUGACGGCAGGAAUUGUUGCGACGGAUACAAAAAGAUUUGACCCGAAUAAAUCGUAGCACGUAAACAGCUGGCAGCGGAACGUUUUUACUUUCCCUUGUUUGAAGAAUUUACUAUCCUUAGUUCUCAUGCAC